AUGACAAUGCCUCAACACCCAUUUGAAUCAAUUAAACAAAGCACCCUAGGAAUUGAUCAAAUAUGUAUGCACACAGAUUACCCCGACAUUUGUCUCGCAACAAUUCAACCUCUUAUAAGUAUCAAUUUGAAUUUCGAAUUGAUUGAUGUCCUCGGAGCUGCAAUAAAAGUUUGUACUCUACAAGUAAAAUUGACAAUAUCAAAGGUGGCUGCACAUGCAGCUAAGAAUCCAGAGGUUGCUAGUGCAGUUGCUGAUUGUAAGGAACAAUACAAUAGUGCUUUGGACAAUCUUCAAAAAGCAGCGGAUGCUAUUGCAUCGCGCGAUCUUGGUACAAUUACAGUUAUGCUUAGUGCUGUUAUGGCUGAUGUUUCUACAUGUGAGAGUGCUUUUGAGGAUCUAAAAGCAUCACCUACUUCUACCAUGUCUAGUAACGAUGGUGUGGAAGAAUUAUGCAACCAUAAGGCUGGUGAAAAGGCCGAUUGGGCUGAAAACUCUGCCUGCCAAGCGAAAGGCAUGACCACAGCUGGAACAGCGAAGAAAACUUAA